GGGCAAGAUGGCUGCCGAGAAGCAGGUUCCUGGCGGCGGCGGCGGCGGCGGCGGCGGCAGCGGGGGUAGCGGCGGCGGCGGCGGCGGACGCGGGGCAGGCGGAGAGGAAAAUAAGGAAAACGAACGGCCUUCAGCCGGAUCGAAGGCAAACAAAGAAUUCGGGGAUAGCCUGAGUUUGGAGAUUCUUCAGAUUAUUAAGGAAUCCCAGCAGCAGCAUGGUUUACGGCAUGGGGAUUUCCAGAGGUACAGGGGCUACUGUUCCCGUAGACAAAGACGUCUCCGGAAAACACUCAACUUCAAGAUGGGGAACAGACACAAAUUCACAGGGAAGAAAAUAACUGAAGAUCUUCUGACUGAUAACAGAUACUUGCUUCUGGUUCUGAUGGAUGCUGAAAGAGCCUGGAGCUAUGCCAUGCAGCUCAAACAGGAAGCCAACACUGAACCCCGAAAACGGUUUCACUUGUUGUCUCGCCUGCGCAAAGCUGUGAAGCAUGCCGAGGACCUGGAAUGCUUGUGUGAGAGCAAUCGCGUGGAUGCCAAGACCAAGCUAGAGGCUCAGGCGUACGCGGCUUGCCUCUCGGGGAUGCUGCGCUUCGAACAUCAGGAGUGGAAGGCCGCCAUCGAGGCUUUUAACAAGUGCAAAACAAUCUAUGAGAAGCUAGCCAGCGCUUUCACAGAGGAGCAGGCCGUGCUGUACAACCAGCGUGUGGAAGAGAUCUCGCCCAACAUUCGCUACUGUGCAUAUAACAUCGGGGACCAGUCAGCUAUCAGUGAACUCAUGCAGAUGAGAUUGAGAUCUGGCGGCACCGAGGGUCUCCUGGCUGAGAAAUUGGAGGCACUGAUCACUCAGACUCGAGCCAAACAGGCAGCUACCAUGAGUGAGGUGGAAUGGAGAGGGAGAACGGUGCCCGUGAAGAUCGACAAAGUGAGAAUCUUUCUGUUGGGACUGGCUGAUAAUGAGGCAGCCAUUGCCCAGGCUGAAAGCGAAGAAACCAAGGAGCGUCUGUUUGAAUCCAUGCUCAGCGAGUGUCGGGACGCCGUCCAGGCUGUUCGGGAAGAGCUGAAGCCAGAUCAGAAACAGAGAGAUUGCACCCUUGAAGGGGAGUCAGGGAAGGUAUCAAAUCUUCAAUACCUACAUAGCUACCUGACUCACAUCAAGCUGUCAACGGCGAUCAAGCGUAAUGAGAACAUGGCAAAAGGGCUGCAGAAGGCACUGCUGCAGCAGCAGCCGGAAGAUGACAGCAAGCGCUCCCCCCGGCCCCAGGACUUGAUCCGGCUCUAUGACAUCAUUCUACAGAAUCUGGUGGAAUUGCUCCAGCUUCCUGGCUUAGAGGAGGACAGAGCCUUCCAGAAAGAGAUAGGCCUCAAGACCCUGGUGUACAAGGCUUACAGGUGCUUUUUCAUUGCUCAGUCCUACGUGCUCGUGAAGAAGUGGAGCGAAGCCCUUGUUCUAUAUGACAGAGUCCUGAAAUACGCAAAUGAAGUGAAUUCUGAUGCCGGAGCCUUCAAAAACAGCCUAAAGGACCUGCCUGAUGUGCGAGAGCUCAUCACACAAGUGAGGUCGGAAAAAUGCUCCCUGCAGGCGGCAGCAAUUCUGGAUGAAAGUGACUCCCACCAAACAGAGACUUCCUCCCAAGUCAAGGACAAUAAGCCUCUGGUUGAACGGUUUGAAACAUUCUGCCUGGACCCGUCCCUCGUCACCAAGCAAGCCAGCCUGGUCCACUUCCCACCAGGAUUCCAGCCCAUCCCAUGCAAGCCUUUGUUCUUUGACCUGGCCCUCAACCACGUGGCUUUCCCACCCCUUGAGGACAAGUUGGAGCAGAAGGCCAAGAGUGGCCUCACUGGAUACAUCAAGGGCAUCUUUGGAUUCAGGAGCUAACCAGGCUCUUCCUUGGGGGCAGGGGGAGAUCUCACUCUUAAUCUGUAUCAUGAGAAAACCCAGGAAGUUCCAUGAUACUAAAUCCAGGUCUGCGUUGGCCCGGCGCGGGAGUGUAACAUCCUCAGGCCUGUGUCCCUACGUCUUGUGUGUCUGUGCACUUACCUUCUCAACCAGUGUGCUAGAAGGGCACCCUGUCAUCUUUGGGUAGAUAUGUUUGGGAUCCCUCUGUCUGCACCCCCUGGGGGAGGGGCCGCUGCCUUCUGGUCUGUGUGAGCCGUGAUUGGUUACCUUUGGUCAGUAAUGUGUUCAGGAGGCUCCACCCCAGGCACAGAUGGGAGCUCAGAACUUUGUAUCCUGUUUCUAGAGUACAUGGUUUUUAAAUGAACUCAUCCUUGCUUUGAGCAUCCAGAAUUCCUUGAGGAGUUUGUCCGUGACUGGGAAACAUUGGCAGCGCCACCCCAGAAUUGCAGUCAGCCUUACUCCCCUUCACCUCCAAGUGAAAGUCACGUUUCAGAACAAGCAAAGAUCUCUAUUUUUAGAAGAAAUAUGUUGACUCAAAAAUGAUGAAAACAAAUCUUAUAUUAAAAGGCAAAGAUGCUGGAGA